GCUGUAUGACUCGUCCGCACAAAUCGUGACAAUUUAUAACUAAUCCUUCUUUUAAUCAACUUACCUAAGAUCAUCAUCUUCAUCUUUUUCAUCUUUUCCCUUGCAAGAUUCAAUCUUUGAUCCAGAGACGCCGACGACCCACGACCCACGUCGCCGCACCAACAAUUUCAGGCUCAUCUCCAUCAAUUCCACCAACAAACGGUAUUAUUAUCAUCCUUUCAAGCUUCUUCAGGGCCAAAAUUCUGUCUCCUUGGAGAUCGAAUCACAUUGCUUAUCUCACCGAUCAGCCGUCACUUUAACUGUCCUGUAGGUAGACAUUUUGAAGCAUGGAUCUUCCAGAUACAGAUGAGGUCAAACCUGAGAAACUUGAAGAAGUGAAAGAAGUGGUCCUUUUGUUCAAUUGCGAUCUUUAUGAUUCUGAAAUUAUUCACAAAAUAGCACUUUCACUUUUGCCUGGAUUAGGUGCUGCAUGUAUAGAUAACACCACGGGAGGGCUAUUCAGGAGUCCGGCUUCGGUCGCUCUAGAAAUGAGAAGAGCAAUGGUGGAAUAUCUAACUAAUAGAAGCGAAACAUUUGUUGCCGAAUCUAUAAUCUUAGAAGACAGUCCAGAAGCAUCGGACCAUCCAUACGACAUUAUCGCAGACUUCAUUGAAGAUUUCGCUACUUCGAAAAGGAACAUCUUUAGCAGAGUCUCGGGAUGGAUACUAAGUGAAAGGAGAGAAGACAAAAUAGAUGAUUUUGUACAGGACAUGGAAAUGGAUGGGUUUUGGAUUUUGGAGAGAAAAGAAUCUAUAGCUAAAACUUUGCUGAAAAAUGUGGAUACAAAGAACUUGUUUCACUGCAGCAUGAAAUUCAACUCUGAGGAAGAACUGGCCGAGCAUUCUCUAACCUGCAGCUUCAGAACUAUGGACUGUAUGCAUGAAGGAUGUGAUGCCAGAUUUUCGGCAGCUCAUCUGGAGAACCAUGAAUCCAUUUGUCCGUUUAAGAUAAUCUCAUGUGAGCAGAAGUGCCCGGCUAACAUCAUGAGGCGCCAGAUGGACAGACAUUGCAUAACUGUUUGUCCCAUGAAGAUUAUCAAUUGCACAUUCUAUUCUGCUGGCUGUCAAUCUACCUUUCCUCAAAGUGAAAUUGAGCAUCAUCGCGUUCAAUCUCUUCUUUAUCACAUUGUGCUCGUUCUUCGUGUCAUUCACAAGGAUGCAGCCGAUGAGGAUCUUGAUGAACGAUCAAAAAAAGUAGAAGAGCUGGCUUCACCUGGAAGAUUAGCAUCAGCUCGGGAUGUCAGAUCUUUAACAAUGGCAGUAAAAGAUAUUGAGAGCAAGCUCGGGCCACUACAAGUCAGACCUAAGGAUACACAACAAGAACCACCAAGAAAGGAUGAGGGUACAGAAUCAACAAAGGAAACUGAUUUACCCAUCAUUGAGAAAGAGUCCAGCAAAGAACCAAGUGGCUCACCCUCCAUUAAGGGAAUUCUCAAGACCACUGAUAAUACCACAAAAGUUGAAGUUGCAGAGUCAACUAAGGAGUCUAAUUCACCAACCAUUAGCAAAGACUCCAGUGAAAACCAAGAACCAAGUGGUUCAUCGAGAAUUCUCCAGGUAACUGAUGAUACCACAAAAGUUGAAGUUCCAAAGUCAACUAAGGAGUCCAAUUCACCCACCAUUAAGAAAGAGUCCGGUGAAAACCAAGAACCAAGAAUUCUCCAGUUAACAGAUGAUACCAUAAAAGUUGAAGUUCCAGAGUCAACUAAGAAGUCCAAUUCACCCACCAUUACGAAAGAGUACAGUGAAAACCAAGAACCAAGAAUUCUCCAGGUAACAGAUGAUACCACAAAAGUUGAAGUUCCAGAGUCAAUUAAGGAGUCCAAUUCACCCACCAUUAAGAAAGAGUACAGUGAAAACCAAGAACCAAGAAUACUCCAGGUAACAGAUGAUACCACAAAAGUUGAAGUUCCAAAGUCAACUAAGGAGUCCAAUUCACCCACCAUGAAGAAAGAGUACAGUGAAAACCAAGAACCAAGUGGUUCACCCUCCGUUAAGGGAAUUCUCCAGGUAACUGAUAAUACCACAGGAGUUGAAGUUGCAGAGUCAAUUAAGGAGUCUAAUUCAUAUAUGCACAACUAAAUCUGCCGAAGUAUUUUGAUUUGAUUCACAUUGAUGUCUGGAACCAUAGCAUGAAUCAUCUAUCACUCUUACUCCUUAUAUGCUCACCAUUGUGGUGGAUAAUUUGGUUUGGGCAGGUGUUUUAAAUUUGAACAAUCAAAUGUCAUUUUGCGCUACUUCAACCUAGAUUAUCCUCGCAUGUUAAUCAUUUGUCUUUGGAUCUUGAUUCUUAUACAAUUUUUUUGUUUG